UGAACACAAUGACCAAAACCCCCCUCCAUUAUCAAUAAAGCUUCCUACACACCGAAUCCUCGGGUAAAGAGACCCAAAAUCUCUCUCUCCUCCUUCCCUUUGAUAAUGAACCCCAAAAGCCCAUUAUUAGGAUGAUUAUAAACCAAAGCGCACACAGUUAGGCACAGUGCUUUUAGUCUUAAUCUUUGCUUUUUAGCCAAGCGAACAACCGAGAAACACAAGUGCUGUUAAGGGAACAAUGUUGUACAUGAACCACAUUGUGUUGUUGUUCCUCCUAACCUCUUCUUCUCCCCUUGCUAUAUCCACAUUCAACCUCACAUUUCCCGUUCCACAUCCCAACCCCAAUGAAGUCGCUCAAGAUGUUCAAAGGAGAGUGAAUACUUCAGUUUCAAGAAGGCAAGCCCUGCAAAACGAUGAGUCGGCUUGCCUUACAGGGAACCCCAUAGAUGACUGCUGGAAAUGUGACCCUGACUGGCCCAACAACCGCCAGCGGCUAGCCGAUUGCGCCAUCGGGUUCGGGCAGUACGCGUUGGGAGGGAAAGGAGGUGAGUAUUACAUCGUGACGGAUUCAUCGGAUGACGACGCGGUGACUCCGAAGCCUGGAACACUUAGAUAUGCGGUGAUUCAAGAAGAGCCGUUGUGGAUUGUUUUCCCGGGUAAUAUGCACAUCAAGCUCAAGCAGGAGCUUAUAUUUAACAGCUACAAGACGUUGGAUGGGCGUGGGGCUAAUGUGCACAUCACUGGCGGUGGUUGCAUUACUUUGCAGUAUAUCAGCAACGUCAUUAUCCACAAUAUCCACAUUCACCAUUGUUAUCAGUCAGGUGAGGCAAAUGUGAGGUCAAGUCCAACGCACUAUGGGUGGAGAACAGAAUCAGACGGUGAUGGGAUCUCAAUCUUCGGAUCAAAGGACCUGUGGAUAGACCAUUGCUCUUUAUCACACUGCAAAGAUGGGUUGAUUGAUGCCGUGAUGGGAUCAACGGGAAUCACAAUAUCAAACAACUUCUUCUCCCACCACAAUGAGGUGAUGCUGUUAGGUCACAGUGAUGACUAUGAGCCUGACUCAGGGAUGCAGGUCACCAUUGCCUUCAACCACUUUGGUGAAAAACUGGUUCAGAGAAUGCCGAGGUGCAGGCGAGGCUACAUCCAUGUGGUCAACAAUGAUUUCACUCAGUGGGAGAUGUAUGCCAUUGGCGGUAGUGGAAACCCCACCAUUAAUAGCCAAGGGAAUCGUUACACUGCCCCUACUAACCGUAACGCCAAAGAGGUAACAAAGAGAGUGGAUACAGCUGAUGGAGAUUGGAAAGGCUGGAAUUGGAGAUCAGAGGGAGAUGUGAUGGUAAAUGGGGCCUUCUUUGUUGCAUCAGGUGCAGGUGCUGAGUUCAGGUAUGAGAAAGCCUACAGCGUUGAGCCUAAAUCGGCUGUCCUCAUUGACCAACUCACUAUGCACUCUGGUGUUCUUGGAGCUGGUGGCAGGGACAAUAACUUGGGGAAGUGGAGCAGCGGAGCCAACGGUGGUGGAAUCGGUUUCGACUCUGGUGACGACGAUGACGACUAUUCGGAUGACAUGUCGGGAAGCAACAUGCCAUUGUUAUCUGCAGUUUUCUCUCUUUUCAUAGCAAUGUCAAGUUUUUUGUUCUUGUAUUUUAAGCCUCCACCCAUGUUAUGACAAACAGAACAAGUUAAUGACUUUGUUUCGAUUUCAAUUGUAACCAGCUUUCAAAGAAAAAUGGCUGGACUUUGAUUAUCUGAAUUCAGCGA